AUGUCAGUAAAUCAAUUCAAGGGUCCCUAUGACCCUUCUAUUAUGGCAGAGUCCUAUGCACAAUGGGAACAGUCGCUCGAAAUCGAAAUCCAACGGACUUUUGAUACUGUCAACCGAGAUAUCCUGGAUGGUUAUAUGGCUAGAGACCUUGCCAGGCUCAAAGAUCCUCAGGUGGACCCAGAUUUCCUUUGUACAUGGACUGGCCUCCUAUGGGACAGGACCACAUUGUCAAGGACUGGAAUCGAAGCACAACGAGUACCCACCGGUUUCAACUUCCUGAUCAAGACCUGCUUAAAGUACAACCUGGUCGAAGUCAUGAUAUUGAUUACGUCGAGAUAUGGCACGUUUAGGCUCGGCAUGAAAAAUGGACAUGCUCUAGCCAGUUAUUGUGGACUCGCAGUGCUGGUGGACCUCUUGCACGUAGGGACAGAUGCGGAAAGAAAAUCGAUUGCUGAGGAAAUGAUGGAUCACAACAUUGUAGACCUCUGCUUCAAGAACAUAGAUAGCUGGCUCUGCGCGCACCGCAGACUUGCUGCUAGCACCAUUCGCUCUUUGGCUGGUCUGAUUGGGGACAGGAUUCCUGCGGAUAUGGUAGCUGAUAUUAUUGCGAAGCUCUGUGUCUUUGUGUUGCAAGGGCCCCGAAUUUUUGUCGAACAGUUCUAUGCUCCAGAGACAAAAUGGCAAGGUGGAAUAAUUGUUUUAAGAGGGCAAAAUGCUUCUGAAGCAGAGGUGGCUAAAUGUGCUCUGCGAUACUCAGGACUGGCUCAUGACGAUGCUCUGUGGGCUGCUCAAGGUCUUGUUUGUACCUAUCCCAUGCUCCCCACGAAGUUUCGCCUUGAAAUUCUCAAGAAGAGACCGGAAAUUGUCGACUUGCUGUUUGACUGUGCGAUCACGCCUCGACCAGCAUGGUACCCUGAGCGGCAAAGUGAUGCAGUUGCAUGCGAAAUCCUUGCACUUCUAUUCCAAUGGCCCCCUUACAUAGUACCUGGUGUGUCUUCGCCGUUGGAUGGCUCAUCGAGAACCCAGGAAUGGAAAGCUUUGUCUCAAGCCCUAAAGAUGUUGACCGCAAGAAAAGAAUGGAGCGAGAAGCUAAUUGAAGUGUGGAUGAGCGUCGAAGAAGAGGAUUGGCACCAUGUCGAGUCGCUGUUCAACAAUGUCAAAAAUUAUGGAGCAAAAACUCUCCUUGGGAAAAGGACGUUUCAACUUGCAUUUGAACUACGAGGCAUUAAACGGAUAACAGUCUUGCGGUUGAUUACUACGUUGACUCAUGCAGCAGACUCAUGUGGCAUUACCAACGCAGAGUUGGAGUCUCUCCUUCGUGUGGCCUACGCUGCAUCGCAGAAAAUAAAGCAAGCAGAUUCGGAAAACGAAGAGGACCAUCUGAUGUAUGCGGAGCGAACACAGGAUAUGUUCGCACUGCAACUUAGCGACUCACAUGCAGCUCCCCAGGUAGAUUCUCCAUUACAGAUAGCAGAGGAAGUUGUUAUUGGCCCUACAUCACUCGCGCGAUUGUUGGCUGUGCUGGCUCAACGGGGCAUUCUCGACUCAAUCCAAGCUCUUAAGAAGGCACCGAAUGGUCUCUCAACCGCAACUUCCCUGGAUCAAGUACAAAUGAUUACACAUCCCGAAAUCAUACGGAAGUUCCUGCUAAUCGCUUUCCGGCGCGUGGAGUCCCGCACAGAGUUUGGACGGAAGGUUACUCAAUCAAACCCGUAUUACGCUCGGAUGCAUUUUGUGUCCUCUGCAGAGCUUGCAUCCGCCUUGGUCUCGUUUGACAGGUAUACGCGCGGAAAAUAUGCCGAGGAGGUCAAGGGUGUUCGAAAGCAGCUUGUCGUGGCACUUGGGAAUGCGUCAGAGAUGGCUAUCCGCACCGGACAAAGUCAGAUCGCCUUGAGCUUUGCACUCGGUGCGAUAACAAGCGCAGAAAAUAUCCCCGAGACAGAAGGUCUUGAUGAAGCGAUACUUGCCAAGAACACACGACGAGCUGAUCAAGCAAGAGCGGCACUUCGCCAAGGGUAG